AUGUCGACUGCGCACCACCAACCGCGACCCGAAAGCACCACAUUGGCCGACUUAAUAGGCUCGUCGAGAGAAUCAGAGACACCGGAUUGGCCAGACGAAGAUUUCUGCAAACGUUUACCUAAGAUUGAACUACAUGCCCAUCUCACUGGGUCAAUCAGAAGAGAGACCUUGGGCGAAAUAUGGCGGAGACGGAAGGAACAAGAACCAGACUUCGAUCUCGAGGAUCCCCUCGUGGCCAUCCCUCCGGGUAAAGUUGAUUUCGACUUGACAACCGAAUGGAGCGUCGAACAUGCCACCCGCCAGGUCCUCCGCGACUUCGAAUCCGACGGUGUAGUCUACCUCGAACUCCGUACCAUCCCACGUGCAUUCGACGAAACAGGCCUCACAAAGGAAAAAUACAUCACCACAAUCCUCUCCACCAUUCGCUCCUUUCAGUCCGAAACCAUGCACACACGAUUGAUCCUCGCCAUUGACCGACAAAAUACCAAGGAGGAGGCAUUGGACACAGUGGAAUUGGCAAUCAAGUAUAAAUCUGAAGGUCUGGUGGUCGGAGUAGACCUCUGCGGCAACCCCGCCGCCGGAGACGUAAGAAUAUUCCGGGAAGCCUUUAAGAAGGCUAAACAAAACGACCUCGGCAUCACCCUACAUUUCGCAGAAAUCGAGCGUCAACCGAUCAAGGACGAACUCGACAUCCUCCUUUCCUUUGAGCCGCAGAGACUAGGACAUGCGAUCCACAUCGAGCGAAUGAUGUCGAGCCAAUCGCACCGGGCUGGAAAUACGGACGACAGGAUAUUGCGUGAGAUCCGCCAACGGAAAUUAUGUAUCGAACUUUGUCUUUCGUGUAAUGUGUACGCAAAAAUGCUGCCUAAUAGGCAUGGAAACGGAAGCAGCAGCUUCCAAGAUCACCAUUUCAAGUAUUGGUGGAAAACGGACUGUCCGGUUGCUCUGGGUACCGACGAUGUUGGCGUCUUCCUCAGCGACCUCUCAAACGAAUACUAUCUCGCAUCGACCCACUUCCGUGUCAACAAGUACGAACUCUGGCAUCUGGUAUUCUAUUCCAUCGACGCUAUAUUCGCCGACCAGUCCGAAAAGGACCGACUAAAGAGCUCGCUGUUAGCAUGGGGUAAAGAGAACAAUCUUGACGUAGGAGAUGACGAUGAAAGCGUCAACGAGAUUAUCGAUCACGAAGAUGAAGAAGGAGAAAAUUCAGCUGAGCAAACUUAA